AUGAAGAGAAUGGGAGUUUACCCGUGGGCUCAGAUAAGACCCACUUCACCAGAGCAUGUUCGUGUAUUUAGCCCGAGCGUGUAUGAUAUAAUUGAAUGGCUACUUGAGUGGGCUAGAGAUAGCAGUAAAAGUGAGGGCGCAUACUCAUUGCUGAGACGAGAUUUCCUAUUAUGCAACAAGGACAAGGCUUCACAGGUGAUUAGACCAAGUCCCUUUUGUCCACCACGACUGCUUUCCCAAGAUGGACGAGUCUGGCUGGAUGGUCGGCUGGCUGCUGGUGGGGCUGGUGGCAUCGGUGGGGUUAGGGACGAGUUGACAACCCCACUUUCUCCUCUUACCCUACCCCCAUCAGUGCAAACUGGACUUAUUCUAUUCCACUCCAGAAGAAGAGCAGAGGUCAGACAUGCAAUCUCGUGGUGUUUUGGUAGAAAAGGAAAGCUGGUCGGUCGCCAGCAGACGUGA